AUGUCAGCAGAAAUAAUUGCAAACAAUGAUGAUCUUUUAACGGAAAUACUUCUUUGCCUUCCACUCAAAUCUUUGGUGAAAUUCAAAUCUGUAUCCAAACACUGGCUGUCCCUCAUCUCCAAUCCCAACUUUUCACUCCGCUUCAGCCUUAUCCCUCAACCCAUCACUGGCCUCUUUAUGCGCGGCCUUAGCUGUAAAGAAUAUUAUUUCAUCAAUCUUAGCUCUAGUCCUUCUCCCGCUCCCUUUAAAUAUCUCACUUUGGGUAAUAACCCAUCAGAUUUCGAGAUCACCAUCAGGCAAUCUUGCAAUGGUCUAUUAUUAUGUAGCAGGUCUAAUAGCAAAAAACCCGAUGACCACUAUGUUUACAACCCCACCACACAGGAAUACACUAUGCUUCCUCCACCCCCUCUUGAUACUGGAGUCUGUUAUUUUGGUUUUAAUUUAGCAUUUGAUCCUUUAAAAUCACCCCAUUACACAAUCAUUUGUGUGAAAAAUUGUAAUAAUUUUGAAGAUGACAGUUAUCAGAUAGAUAUUUUCUCAUCGAAAAAGCGGACAUGGAGACUAUCAAGAGCUACUUUCAUUGUUUCAUAUUAUGCAAGUUUCACGGAUGGUGUCUAUUGGAACGGUUACAUUCACUGGAUUAAUGAGCAGGACCCGUCUUUACAUUUCAACAUUGAUAAAGAGGAAGUACAAGAAAUGCCCGUGCCUCCUAUUCCUGAUGGACAAUACUGGAGGAGUUUUUAUUACUUGGGAGUUUCUCGAGACCAUUUGCAUCUUAUUGAGAAUUAUGCUCCCUGUGCUGCUCUGUUUAAUGUUUAUGAAAUGGAGAAUGAUUACUCUGGGUGGUUCAUAAAGUAUCGCGUUGACCUUCGUCAAGCUGCAACAACAUUUCCUGAGAUGAUUAGGAGCCAUAUUAAUCCAGAGCACAUUCAACACUAUAAAAUUUCGACAAUAUAUGUUGUGAGGGAAGAAAAUGAGGAGGAAUCUUAUUUGGUGGUGCACAUACCUGGAAAGCUUAUGUAACUGCAGUCGAAUUUGCACGAAUCCGUGCUUUUCAACACAGAGAAAGUCUUGCUUGGGUUUAACGACGUUGCUGCUCAUAAGCCUGCAACUCUUACCUAGUGAAUUCAGAUCUAGAAUUUCAAUAUAUAUGUUCAUGAUGAUGAAUAAUGCAGAUUUUUAUUUAUAACUCAAUUCUUAUUAAACAUCAAAGUAUCUCAGAAUGCUGUGUUCAUCUUCAAAAUUUAUUUGAUGUGUGAUAGGAACGGAUAGAAAAUGGGUUAGGUAGUGGGCUUUUGAUAAUAAUUGGGCUGGACAAUAGUCUUUCAUGGGCUUGGGUUCUCUUUGGAAAAUUGGCUUACCAAGCCUUUAUC